GUAGGCUUUCACCGCAGCGGCUUCGGUUACGUCCCACCCACUGUAUGUUGCAACCGAGCCAGAACGGAUGAGCACAAACUCCUCGCCGGAACCCCUCCAGCCGACUCCUCUCAACCCGUUGAGGAUGGAGUCCGAGUCGGACAGCACGGCACCGGGCCACAUCAUCCACAUGCUCCCCUUCCAGGCCGUCGCGGGGCAGUUCGGUCCGGAGGUGCGAGUGCCGGGCCUGCGCGUGUGGAGGGUGGAGAAGAUGAAGGCUGUGCAAGUGCCCGCCUCCCAGGUGGGGGUCUUCUACAACGGCGACUCCUACCUGGUCCUGGACAACCGCGGAGAAGAGGGGAGCGACCUCCACAUGUGGAUCGGCGAGAAGUCGUCACACGACGAGCAGGUGGCGUGCGCCAUGCUGGCCAUCCAACUUGACAACUUCCUGGGCGGAGACCCCAUCCAGCACAGGCAGGCGCAGGGCUACGAGUCCCCACAGUUCAUGAAUCUCUUCCCCAGAGGUGUCAGCUACAAGGAUGGAGGGGUGGAGUCGGGGUUCAGGAAGCCUCGGGGCUCGGCGGCGGCGGCGGCGGUGCGGCGCUUGUACCAGAUUAAAGGCAAACGCAACAUCCGUGCGAAGGAGGUGGAGCUGUCCUGGAAGAGCUUCAACAAGGGCGACUGCUUCAUCUUGGACCUUGGAGAGGUCAUCGUGUCCUGGAGCGGGUCGCAGGCCAACGUCUUUGAGAAACAGAAGGUGCGGGAGAUCGCCUCGCUGAUUCGCGACGCCGACAGACACGGCAAAGCUCGCAUCGUGGACGCCGGCGAGGGGGAGGAGCCCGCCGAAAUGCUUGAGGCUUUGGGACCGAAGCCCGAGCUGGCCGAAAGCACGCCGCAGGAGGACAGCGAGGCGGACGCCUCCAACGCGGCCUCCCUCUACAAGGUCUCCGACGCCACCGGCUCCAUGUCGCUGACCAACGUCUCGGCCAAGAGCCCGUUUGCCAAGGAGCUGCUGCUUCGUGACGACUGUUUCGUCCUGGACAACGGCGCCAACGGGAAGAUUUUCGUGUGGAAAGGAGUCGGGGCCAACGCGGAGGAGAAGCGGGUGGCCCUGCAGAUGGCCGACAAGUUGAUUGAGCAGAUGAACUACUCCAGGAUGAAAACUCAGGUGGAGAUCCUGCCACAGGGGAAGGAGACCGUCAUGUUCAAGCAGUUUUUCAAGAACUGGAACUAACCCAAAUUGGAAAUAGCAGCGCUCAAGAGAAAAACCAACACCAUUUUUUUUUUUUUUUUACGCAUUGACUGAAAUGUACAAAAGGUACAGGCCAUGUGUAGCUUUGUGAUGUCACUUUCACAAAUGGAACAGGAUUCUUCUGUUGGUCAAAUAAAAA